UCUACUCUGUACAUUUUGGCGAAUUGACACUUUGACAGAUAUCUUGAAUGGUGAAGUUUCGUUUUUAGUUUAUAGAAUUUUCAGCUAAAGUGCAUAGUGAUUCAAGUUAUGCCAUUGAAAAGGAAAAAAUGGUCAUUCAGGUAUUUAAUAUCUUAGGACCAGUCACUAAUUCCCAUUACUGUCCUAAUCUUCACUACUUCGAUUCUGACUGCUGUGCUACGUUGAGCCUAGUUCUUGAUAACCUCUUCACUGUUGUCUGCAAAAUGUUGCCUUAGCUCUGAUUUCUAAAGGCCUAGUCAACGCUUAUUUUCAUACUUCAAAAUAUAAAUAAUAUUUACAAUUUCAAAAUAUACAUACUUUUGAGUGUAAGAAAUCAAUUUACAUGAUUCAUAAGGUGAAUCUCUGAGACGCUAGAUACUUUUGAGAGUUAUGGAUAUAAGAUCAUUGACCAAGAGCUCGACAUUCAAUUCAUUUACUACAGGAAGCACUCACAAAAUUGGAGCUUGGUUUGCUGCAUUGAGCAUCCGAUCUAAAAAAACAUCCAAAAGUAUUACUCUAGGCGUUGUUCCCGAAAAUGGACACAUUGGCUCGGAUGGAGAGUCCGAAGAAGUAUCUGACGAUGUCACAGCAUCAUCACCUGUUAAAAUGAGACCAAAAAACAGACGACUCAGUGAGCAGGAUAUUACCAAGAGAUUAUCCCUGCCGGCUGAUCUGCAUUUACCAGAAUCGUUUCUUGCCAAGCAGAAUCUUAGUUCGGGUCCUUUGUCACGGUCUUCGAGAAGACAGUCUCUUUCAGAGAUUGGAUUCGGCCGCACUGAGACCUACACAAAGCUCGACAAACUUGGACAAGGAACAUACGCAACAGUAUUCAAAGGCAAAUCACGAUUGACCGACAGCUUGGUUGCUCUGAAAGAAAUCCGCUUGGAGCAUGAAGAGGGUGCGCCAUGCACCGCUAUCAGGGAGGUGUCACUUCUUAGAGAGCUCAGGCACGCCAAUAUUGUGACCCUACACGAUAUUGUGCACACAGACAAAUCCUUGACUCUAGUCUUCGAGUAUUUGGAAAAAGAUUUAAAGCAGUACAUGGAUCUUUGGGUACCGAAUUUAAAAAAUGUCAAGCUCUUCCUCUUUCAACUCCUCAGAGGCUUGGACUACUGCCACAAGCGACAAAUCCUUCACAGAGAUUUGAAACCUCAAAACUUACUCAUCAGCGAUAAGGGUGAACUCAAGCUGGCAGAUUUUGGGCUUGCAAGAGCAAAAUCCGUCCCUACAAAAACCUAUUCGAAUGAAGUGGUAACGCUAUGGUAUCGACCGCCUGAUGUAUUGCUUGGAUCAACCGACUAUUCUACUGAAAUCGAUAUGUGGGGGGUCGGCUGUAUAUUUUUCGAAAUGGUGACAGGAAGACCUCUUUUUCCUGGUUCAACGGUUAGAGAAGAGCUUCAGUUGAUCUUCAAGGGUCUGGGUUCGCCUCCUCCCGACAUUUGGCCGAAUAUUUCGAUUCCAUACACCUUCCCCCACUACUUACCGGAUCCUCUCAUAUCCAGAGCUCAUUGUCUCGAUCCUGAUGCUAUGGACCUGUUCAAAAAGUUCCUAUGUUACGAAGCUAAAGAACGAAUUUCAGCAGCUGAUGCCAUGUUGCAUCCUUACUUCAAAUCACUUGGUCCGGAGGUUCACAAACUACCUGAUGUGGCUUCCAUCUUCUCAAUACCAAGCAUCAAGCUAGCCAAGGAUUUGCGACGCAAGGUUUAUUCGAAGAACAGGGUCAUCUAUUACGGAGACAGACGCCAGAGUAUGUUAUUAUGAUCCUAGCUCGUAUUUGUUGAGGGUCUACAAACACAUUAUUUUUUGAUGAAAGUUAUUACUCAUCUAUUACCGUGAAUUGUAAAUAGUACUAUUAUUUUGUAUGAAAAUAUUGAAUUGUAUGCGAAAUAAUAUCAUGAAUUAGUGGUUAUGAGGAUGGUGAUUAAAUUAUUAGUGCUGUAAUUUUCUAGCUUAGUAAUUAAUAGCUCAGAACGAAACUUGAAAACGAUUCAACUGAAGCAACUUCUGUUCAAUUACUUAGCAAAAAUUUUUUGUUGUAUUCUAAUUUGUCUCUUAAUAAUUUAGAGCCGUAUAUAUAAGCGAUUUUAACUGUGAUAGUGAAGUAUGUGUUGGUAUCUGCACCCAAUAACAUGGAACAAAUAAGAGUUUUAGAACCAACUACUAGAGUUGUUCUGAUUGGUUCAUCAAUAAGAACAUAGAUCGUUUAUAAAUUUGGCUGUUAGUGAUGUAGAAUUCUGGAAUAAUGUCUAAUAAAUCAGUAGCAAGAUGAGCUGGUAUUAUCCUAGCCAUGAAUCAGCUUAUUAGCUCUACUCUAAAAUAAUAUUCAUUGAAUAUUAUAUAAUAUUAAUAUUAAUCAUGUUAUAUUAUAAUAUAAUAUUAUAAUAUAAUGUAUAUUAAUGUAUAUAAUGUAUAUUAUAUAAUGUUAUAUUAUCAUAUUUAAUAUUAAUAUUCAUCAUGAUUCAAAUUGAACCAAUUCUGUCUUUCAUUUUUUAAUGAAAAAUUCUAAAUUUUGAAAAGUUUCUAAAAUAAUAUUUAUCCACUUGUAUUCUCCACUUGUACUAUCCACAUGUAUUUAAAUACAUGUAUUUAGUGAAUAACUUCUAAUUUCAGGUAGAAAUAUAAAAAAUAAAGAAUUAAAAAAAGAUAAAAUUCAGCUUAAAAUUUUUUUUUCAUUCAAUCAUUCUAAAUCAAUUUAUGGUUAAUUGAAAUGGUUUGCCUGAUAAUUUAUAGAAGUUUGGUUUCUUGAAUGAUACCAUAAUACCAUGAUACCAUAAGGAUGGAUUGAAUUUAGUUAUUCAAUACAAUACUCAAACGUAUCAUCAAAUAAAUUUGUAUUACAUUAUUAUAUUUUAGUAUUUUUAUUGUAAUAUUUUCUAUAAGUUAAUAUCUAUUUAUCAUAUAUAUUCAAUUCUUGACUCUUUUUUUCAAAGCCAAACUUCAAUUUUUUUCUUAUUCAUGUGGAUUUAUGCUAUUAAAAGCCUAAUUGAUACAAGCUACAAAGUGGAAAUAGUAUAUUUUUGUAUCUUUCAUUGUUUUUUUUUUAUUGGACUUGUUCAUUUUGAAAGUGAAAGUGUAUACAAUGAAACUUGAAGGUGACGCAUGUGUCACAAAUAGUAAACAUGUUGUCUGAGUUUUGUUACAUGUUACCAAGAUUUUUAUACAUGUUGAACAUUUUGUCAAAUGUCGCUAGCUUUGUCUACUUUUGCUUCGGUUGAAUCAGUUUCUUGUCGUAGAUAUUCCAUUUUAGCUACAAACAUUUCAAUUUGCGAACCAUUUAAAAUUUUAUGGCAUUCUACUUGAAUUAUGUUUUUUUUUUAAUCAGAUAUGUAUACUGUGAUGUAGUGAUAGUACUUUCUGUUGAAUAUACUCAACAUCAGAUGAUUUCGGAUACAAAUGUAAUUUUUAAUGACCAUUUUUCGAGUAAAAUUUAGAUGCAUUGAUAAUAUGAUAUUACAGCUUCCAUUUUAAUAUAUUUUUAUGACCGAAACUUCUCAAAUAUCUCCUAGUAACUAGAUUUUUCUGACUUUAGAAUACUUUCUUUAAUUCCAUUUAAUACUGAUUUAGGCUCACGGUAACUUAACCUGCUGAAGAAAUAAUUCAUAUUUCUUACAUGAAGGUCAACAUAAUAAGGUUAAUAUGAAAUUUUACUAAAUGUAACUAAAUAUUGCUAGUUUUGCUGAAUUUAAUGUCUUAUCAAUGUACAAAGUUUCAGUGAAAGAAUUCUUUUUCAACUGCCGAGUCAGUGUCCAGUCCAAAUCGUGAAUAACAACUUAUACUAAUAGUAUCUUUUAUUAAUAAAGUUUGAACCGGAAUUUUCACCUUUGAACGUCAAAUUUCUCGAUCGUAAAACUCUCUUUAGCGCCCAAGUAUUUAAAAACCAAAAAGUUAUUUUUUCUCAAAGCCAAUUUUUCUACUUACAUUUCUCGUUACGUACUGGGUAAGCUUUAUUACAUAAAUGCAGUUCUUGACUGCCUGAGUCUUUCAUGAGGCUGAUCAUUUUCUUAUUCACUAAAAUGAAUAUCCUUUUUAGUUCCUUGAAUCAAUGCACUUCUAAAUGCCUUAAAUGAAAGGCUAUGCUCACAAAAAUUGAACUAAUUUGUAUCCAUCCACUACUGCUUCUAUUAUUUUGUUAGUUUAUUGUUUCACUAGGUAAUGCUGCAGCUGUUAGUAAAAUCUAAUUGUCUCUUUGUAAAUUAUAAAGCUCAGUUCUAAGGACAGAAUAAUAUAUAUUGCACCAGUGAUAGGAUGAUGUUGGUUGAUUUGAUUUUGAGAAAAAUAAAAUUAUUCUUAGAGAUAGGGUGAUGAUACUGAUCCGAUUUUGAGGGCAAAAUAGUUUAUAAAGAAGACUAUGUUUGUUAUAAGGUUAUUAUGAGAUUUGACAAUAUGUAGACAAAUGUGUUCAAAGUCCCACCUCACAUUUGCAUGAAAAAUGUACAAAGGUAUACAGCUAUACGAAUCCAUGUUAACGAAUAAUUAUUUAUCAAAGAUAUGAUAUUUAACCAUCCUCACCGUACAGAAUCCUAUUAAUAUUUUGCCUGAUAUCUGUGAUAAAUGUGAAGUCAGAUUGCAUUGGAAAUAAUUGAGAAAAGCAGCGAAGGUCUCAGUGUGAAGGCAGCUUAAUUAAUUUGAAUAUCCAUUGUAAUUGCCAUAAGUCAUUCAACCUUAUUUAAAUAUGCGACUGAUUUAGUAAUAAGUUGUAAUAGUCUUUAUACAGUGCUCUGAACGAGUAAAGUAAUAAUUACCAAAUCAUUAUUAUACCCAUUAAAAAUUCAUUCAAGUAAUGAAAUUUACAGGAGGUAUUUUGUGAAACACCAUGCAACAUCCAUAUAAGUCGAAUGUGAUGUAUCAAAUUGUAUGUAUGAAUGAUGAUAAAUUUGUUGUUUGGAGAAAAAUUGGAUACAUUCCGUCUGUUCAAGAAAUAUCCUGUGCACCCGUGUAGAUAGUCUGCGAAUUACUUGAACUUGGUAAUUUUGACAAUACGAUUCAUCAUUUUUGGAUUUAGGUUUUAGUGCGUAUUGUUGGCGUUUGUGUCUUGUCAUAUUGAUUUGUUGAACUGUAUGUAGUAGAUGUUUUGAAAAAUGAUUUAUUUUUGAAAAAGCAUACUUUGGAUCGCUCAACAUAUACACUAAUUAUUUUUAGUAACUUUCAAGUAGGAUAAAUUAAUAUGUGCGCCAAUUAAUGGCAAAUUGGUAGAUAAUGUUCUAUGUGUACAAAUAUUGCAAUACGACGACGAAUGAAUGAAUACAUUUAGAAAUGUGCGCCAAAUAGAUGAUUUUUGCACAAAGUCGGGAGAUGUAAUGCGUUAUAUAGUAAAAUUUAGGAGAGCUGUUCCAGUCUAAUAAACAAUUAUAGAUAUUGUCAACACAUCCGCUUUAUAGCUGGUGAUUAUUUUUUGUCACUGAAUUUUUCAACUGUAGCUAACAUGUAGCUGCUCAUUAUACAGAUAGUUUAGUUGACAAUAUUGUCCCACCAUGUAUAAGAUUAAAUAUUUAGUGAUGAAAAUUAUUCCAAUAUUAUAAUUUAAAUGUUCUGGUGAAAAUUGUAAUAUCUGUUCUUUAUUGUAUUGUUCAAAUUAUUGUUUGUAGUUUUUUUCUGUAAUUUUAUUCAUGAGUUGAUCUUUUUUGUUGUUGCCUUGUCUCAAUAUAGUUUUUUGUACAUCCGAAUCAUGCAUUCGCAUAAUAUAUUGUAUAAUGUAUAAUACACUGUAUAUAUUGUGUGUACCACAGUAUGUACAUUGGACGACAUUUCGGAAAAUUAAAUAAUAGAGAUAAUUUAGUUUUUGUUGAAGGUGAAUUCGAAUAUUUUUCAUUUAUAAAUAUACUGCAAAUAUUUGUGUUUAUAUAUAGCAAAUAUUUUCAGUCCACACCUUUAUUACGAAGCUCAAAUAUUAUAUCAGAAACAAGUUCUACUUACUUUACUUUUUAUUCCAGCUGUUUUAAAACUUAAAUAUUGAUCUUAGAAGAAAUAUUAUUGAGCAAGAACUUUUAUUGAGACAUGGCUGCAAUGCUGAACGCUGGACGUAGUUCCAUUUGCAGAACAACUCAUUAGCUUGACGAGAUUUAUUCACAAAUGGAAUAAAUUGUUUCGCUACA